UGGUUAGCGGGCGCGGAGCGGAAGCAGUGGGAUGUGGACGGAGGAGAAGAGGGGAAAGUCCGGAAAAGAGUGAAUGAAAACGGAGGAAAGGUUGGGGGUUCAGGCAGUGAUCAGUGGAGCAAUGGAGUCGGCUAUUGCUGUUUUCGAAGACUUGGAGAAAUUGAAUUCUGCUGGAGAUGUGAACGACUCCAACAGUGAGGUCUACACCCGCUUUAUGAAGUCACACAGAUGCUAUGAUCUUGUUCCCACCAGCUCCAAACUUGUGGUGUUUGACACUUCUCUACAGGUGAAGAAGGCUUUCUUUGCUCUGGUUUCAAAUGGAGUCCGUGCUGCUCCACUCUGGGAUAGCAAGACACAAAGCUUUGUGGGCAUGCUCACAAUCACAGAUUUCAUUAAUAUUCUACACAGAUACUACAAAUCGCCACUGGUUCAGAUUUAUGAACUGGAGGAACACAAAAUAGAAACAUGGAGAGAGGUUUACUUGCAAGAUUCAUUUAAACCAUUGGUGAGCAUCUCCCCAAAUGCCAGCUUGUACGAUGCAGUUUCAUCACUGAUCAAGAACAAAAUUCACCGUCUUCCAGUUGUUGAUCCGUUAACAGGGAAUACACUCUACAUUCUUACGCACAAGCGCAUCCUGAAGUUUCUCAAACUCUUUAUUUCUGAGAUGCCCAAACCAGAUUUCAUGUCUAAAACGCUGGAAGAGUUGAAUAUUGGAACAUACAAGAACAUUGCAGUGGUGAACAAAAACACUCCCAUUUAUGUGGCUUUGGGAAUCUUUGUGGAAAAGAGAGUGUCUGCGUUGCCUGUUGUGGAUGAAUCCGGGCGAGUGGGGGAUAUCUACUCGAAGUUUGAUGUCAUUAACCUGGCUGCAGAGAAGACCUACAACAACCUGGACAUUACUGUAACAAAAGCACUGCUGCACCGCUCACAGUACUUCGAAGGUGUACUGAAAUGUUACAAGCAUGAAACGCUUGAGACAAUUAUCAACCGACUCGUGGAGGCAGAGGUUCAUCGGUUAGUGGUGGUUGAUGAUAAUGAUGUGGUAAAGGGGAUUGUUUCGCUCUCUGACAUUCUGCAGGCACUGGUGCUGACCAGCGGAGAUAAUUCUUCAUGCAAGCUUGGACAGUGAGAGAUAUGUGUAAAGUGCACCAGCAACGUCUUCCCCACGUAGAGACCUCACCAGCCUUGGAAGUCUUUUGUCUGAGAAUAUGCACCCAUGGUGGCACAAUGUUUUUCACCAGCACAAUGCUGUUCCAUAAAAUAGAGAAGGACCCUGGCUACUGCUCCUAUUUUGGUUAAACUUUGAAAUGUUUCACACCUUUCUACAUAAAGCCAUUGACUUUCUGUGCCCACUGAAAUGACACUGCAGGUCAGGUCAGAGGAACUGAAUCUUUUGUUCUUUUAAUUAUCCCAUCCUACCUCAGGUGGAUAGCUUUUCGAAGUGUAUUAACGUGGCUGAUUAUUUCAUUAUCUGAACAUCACUUUUUUUUGUACUUGAUUUAAUUUGAUUAUCUGUUCUGUACUAGAUGUUAUCAUCCAAUUGUUGUAACCAGAGCAGCUUGAUACAGUGACACCACUGCUUUUAUUCACUGUUCUUAGCUCAAAUGUGCGCAAAACUCUGAGCGAUACAAACAUAAUUACCAAAAACCAGAUUGCAUGAACGCAGUGUAAUGGUCUUUUUGACUGAGCUGUUGAUAAGAGUCCAGUACCUGGUUUCUCGGAUGACUUCUUCCGACACCUCUCUUUGUGAUGUGUCACUUUAUGCUUUACAAUGUGCUGUGUCUUUCACACCAAAAAAAACAUCACAAGUAAUUAUUUUGAUGGCCUGAUUUGCAUGGUUAGAUUAUUUUUGCACUUCUGGCUGAAACACGAUUGAGGGGUGUGGAUGUGUGCCUCUCUUUCCUAGAGCCUCCCUUCAAGUGCAGUUAAAGAAAUGCAUUUCAAGCUGAGAGUAUUUCUUCUCUGAGCUCCUUUUAUUUGAACAUUAUUCAACAACAGCUUUCCGUUUAAAAUUUCUGUAAUUAUUUCAUUUCUUAAAAUCACUUGCUAUUUAAGGCAGUAACUUAGUUUCAGAUAGGCUGAUUCCAAAAUGGUCCUAAUAUGCAAAGUUGAUUUUGACUUUUCAAAACUGCAAAUCAUUGGGAAGAAUGACCAGCCCCGCAGCUCAAAAGAAGUCUGAAGACCAAAGCAAAUAUGAAAUUGAUUAAGUAUUGUGACAACCAAAUUGUAUUUCUUCAUGCAUUGGAAAACGGUGAUCGCAGAUGUUUUAAUUCUGGGCUUGAAUCUCAUUUUUGUUGCGUAUAAUUUUUCCAAUGUCAUUUAAUUACUCGUGGAUUUGAGGGUCAGAAUUUUUUUUUCUCAUUUCUAGUCUGGACGGAGAUUUGAUUUGAUGACCGGCUCCUGUACUGCUAAUGAACCAGGUUGGAAGUGUUGCUCAUGGUUAAAAUUCCAAUUGGGAAAACGUUUGCUUUUAUUAGCUUAAAUUCUGGUUGGACCCAGAGUUUUUCUUUUUAUUCUUUCAUGGGGUGUGGGUGUCGCAGACCAGACCAGCAUUUGUUGCCCAUCCCUAAUCGCCCCUGAGCUGAGUCACUUAAGAGGCAUUAAGAGUCAGCCACAUUGCUGUGGGUCUGGAGUCACAUAUAGGCCAGACCAGGUAAGGACGGCAGAUUUCCUUCCCUAAAGGACAUUAGUGAACCAGAUAGGUUUUUUUUACAACAAUCGAUGAUAAUGGUCACCAUUUCUGAGACUAGCUUUAUAUUCCAGAAUUCAUUAAUUGAAUUUAAAUUCCACCAGCUGUGGUGAUGGGAUUUGAACCCAUGUCCCCAGGACAUUAGUCUGGGCCUCUGGAUUACUAGUCCAGUGACAUUAUCACUAUGCCACUAUCUGCCCAGGGCGACAUGUAAGAAUCUCACACUACACCAUGUAAGCUUUGAUCUAAUUGUGUGCAAUGAGUAUGGUAGUGUUCUGUGCUGUUUUUAAUUUUUUAAUGAGGUGAUAGUUUGCAAGAUUGGUGGCUGUACCUGGAAUCUUGGACAUUCUGAUAUGGCAAUGCAGAUGUUCCAGCACAAUUGGAUACAAUAGGACCUUCUAGUGAUACAUUUUAGAAAGUUGCUGAUGUCUAAGCAGACAGGGUCAGGGGUGCUGUUAAUAAGACAGAGGCAAAAAUGCAAACUCUUUGUUUGGACUGAUGAGCCAGUGGGAUCUGAUGAGAUUACAGCUACUGUUACGAAACAGCAAAAUGUAGGGUUGAUCAGUGCCUAAGUUGCAAGGAACCCUAAUUCUUAUAGUUGUCAGUAUCUCAGUUUAUGGUCUGCAACUAUUCUUUCACCACUAUCCCCGCCCCCCCCCCCACCUCACUCCAGGAAAAACAGUAUGGUUUCACUCCUCCAAAGGAUCUGUUGGAAUGAGGCAUGAUCUUGUUACAAGGCAAGCCAAUUUGAAUUGUAACUUCAUAACUGUAAGUUAAUUGUAACUUAAUAGGAAAAAAAUUACGGAUUUUUUAUGCUGCAUGUGCACAUAUAGGUUCUGAGUAAUGUUGACUCCAGUCAUUCUCUUGACACGGUUAUGCAAUAAGUUGCUGUAAAUGUACAACAUGAACAUUGGAUCUAAAUUUUGUUGAGGUGAUUGAGUUGAAAAUGUCAGAAGUGAACGUGAACAAAUUCCCUGUUUGGUGUGACCUUCAGACAAAAAGCCCCAUAGAUCUUGUCAAGGGAACCACAUGAAUAUUAUUUUCUCUCCAAUUUCCUUCAGCUUAACCCCUGCCCCCUUCCUUUCUCUCCUGAAGAUGUUGCUUCUAGCUGGAGUGUAGUGCUGGGACCCCUUCAGAACUUUGCUCAAGUGGCCAUCCCUCAUGUAUGAGCCUAGUGGUGGGCUAUUCACAGCCAAGGUCAGUCCUGUCCCUGCCCAAUGAUCAUGCGUGAAUCAUAGUGAUCAGAUUGACAGUCCUGGAUUUCUCCCCCUUCCCUAUCCCUGGGAGUAUAGCAUCCAUUCCAGGUUUUAACAAGAGCGUGACUCUUGAUUCAACGUAGUUUUAAAAUUUAUGGUGUGUUUUAUUUGUGGCAUUAUAAAAAUGUAAUUUAGGAAAGAAUAUGGACCACUUUCAAGUAAACCCCAUGCAGAUAGCCAGUAAUCCACACUGCAGUUCUGACUGCUUAAUUCUGGGACGUUGACACAAGGCUUCUCCAAUAGAAAUAGUUGAUUAUUGCUGAAACCAGCACACUAGACUGGACAAUCACCAGCAGCAUUUCUGAAAGCAACACUGAAAACUGUGUUUUCAAUUGUUGGGCUGAUGAAUUACAGAUUACACGUAAUUAGUGGUACACGUCUAAACAACUUUUGAGAACUAAAUUGGUGGCAUUUAAUGCUGUAUUUAACUGUCAGACCUUUGCAAUGAUGCCACUAAAGAAAAAAGGCGGGCUUGCAUUUCAUGACACCUUUUAUGACCACAGGCUGUCCCUAAGCGUUUUACAACUUAUGAAGUACUUUUGAAGUGUAGUCACUGUUUGUAAUGUAGAUACAGGUCUAACCUGGAUACAGAGGUCUACAUCAGCCACUGAUUUGAGCUAAUCUGUUGCUGGGUAUCUAGUUCCUGGGAUCCCGAAAUGCUUGAACUCCGGAUAGGGAUUGCGGAUCAGAUGUGAAAAGGGAAACAAGUGGCAAAAUUUGAUAUUUCCAGACUGAAAAUUUUUACUCAUUUUAAAGUUUGUCUUUCCUUAUUCGCUUUUCCCCUCUUGUUUUUUGGCCUUCUAUUACUGCUGCUUCCCGCUGUCACAGUGGUUCUUGUGUGGGCCUCCAGGUGAUAUGUUGGGUGAGCUUGGCAAGCUCAUCAGUUGACUGGGAUUGGGGGUAGAUCAAUGGUGAAGCUAUCAAUGAUAGUAAAUGUCUUCAAAGCUCCACUCAUCCUGACCCCUCGCUGUGGAGUCAGAGGGACUGUAAGGAAGCACCAAAGUUUUUAAAGGAAAAGUACAUUAAAAUAUUUUUUUGGCCUGAAAAGAAUCUUUUCCUUAAAUGUACUAAGCAACCUCACUCACAUCCUUGUAACAUUGUUUCCUGAAGUAAACUUGCCAAUUGUGUGCCAUUUAUGCAUUGCUCUGUAGACUGUCUGGAUUUCUGUUUUUAAAACAUUUUUCUAGUGUUUUGUUAAAUUGUUUUAUAUGAUGUUGAAUGUGUUUUGUUCAUUAAUGUAAUACCAUAAAGUUUCAGUUUUUAAAAAAAUUGCAAUGGAAUCAAUGUGAACUUAAAGUGCAGUGGUUAUUUCCUCAUAGAAUCAAAUUGAUAUUUAUUCCGAUCAUAGUCCAAACCUUUCUCUAGUAGAAUAGUGUUUACACUCCUUUUGCAUUUACUUGUGAAGAUUUGAAAUCUCACUGAAAGAGGUAUUGAUUGUAACAUAGUCAAAACUAAAAUAAAAUUCUUCAAAACA